AUGCCGAGAACAUCGAUGUUUGCUUUAUUUCCUAGCGAAAUACUUCACGAAAUAUUUCAAUAUUUAACAACUUAUGAUACUCUCUAUGCAUUUAAAGGGAUUAAUCGACGUAUCGAUACACUUCUAUGUAAUUCUAUCGAAUGUGAUCUGAAUUUUAAAUCCAUGCCAAAAUCGAAAUUCGAUUUUAUUUGUCAAUCGAUAUCUCCCGAACAAAUUCGAUCAUUAAUAUUAUCUGAUGAUAAUGAUACAGUUCGACAAAUUCAUUUAUUCUUUCGAUCAUUCUAUAUUCGACGAUGUGUUAAUCUAAAGUUAUUAGCAUUACAUCACAUCAAUGACCAAGAUUGGAAGAAAAUUGCUGCCAAACUUCAUUAUCUAUCAAAUUUAACUUCUCUCUCACUCAAAUCUUCCAAUCAUUUAUCACCAAUCAUUGUAGAAUCAUCAUUAAAGUCCUUGACUUUAGGUAUCUGUACGAUGAAUGAACUGCAUGAAUGGUUAUUAUGUACGCCAAUGUUAUUAGAUUUAGAAGUUCAGUUAAUUGCUUAUCGAUCACCAAUCAAUAAAAGUUUUCGUUCAAAUCCAAUUGCAUCGAAUAUUCGUAGAUUAAAAGUCAUAUUUCCUGAAAGAUUCAAUACGCCAGAUUUUGAUCUUGAGGCCUUAUUUGUCUCUAUGUCAAAAUUAGAAAUCUUGACAUGUAUUAUAAAAACAGAAGUCAAUUUGCCUCAUGGUAUUCGAUGGGACAAUCUUAUUGAAAAGCAUUUAUCUCAAUUGAAAGAUUUUCGUCUUAAAUAUCAUUCAAAUGGUCAUGGAUCUGGUAUCGUCGACCGUCAAUCAUCCUUUUGGGUAUAUGAGCAUCAAUGGUUCAUUUAUAAAGAUAGUUAUGAACGUAGUAGAGGUGAAUGUUCUUCUGAAAAUGAUGUUCAUUUAUAUACACUACCAUAUAGUGAUGAAGAAUUUUAUUUAAGUACAGCAACUGAACAAUCAGAUAAAACUCAAAAAGAUGCAUAUGAAACAAUAAAACAUUUAUAUUUAGAUAUUAAUUCGGUGUCUUAUUCACAUCUUAUUGAACAUUAUUAUUUUCCUAGUCUUGAUUCAUUAAGAAUUUAUAAUCGAUGUGUAUUAAUACCAUUAAUUGGUUUCAUUAAUCUUUCUCAAAUUAAACAUUUAACUAUCGAACGAGAUAACUCAAUAAAUUCCAAGGAAUUUUUUUCGCUAAUUUUAAUGCAUUGUAUUAAUCUUCAUUCAUUGAAAGUAUCUUGGCUUACAUUGACAGAAAUAACUCAAGAUUUUACAGAUCGACAAAUAUGUUCAAUUCUAAAAAGACAAAUUAAAUAUUUACAUAUACAUAAUAUUUUUCGUAAAACUGAUAAAAACAAUGGUUCACCAAUUGAACAUCUUAUUGAAAUAUUUGCUAAAAAUCUCGAGAAAAUAAAUUUACAUGUCAUAUAUUUUAAUGAUGUUCUAUUACUAUUAGAAAAUAUGUCAAAACUUUAUAGUGCUGUGAUAGAAUAUAAUCCAACUAAUAUGGCAAUUCAUGAUGAUGAUUUGGUAAAUUGGUUAAGAGAAAAAAUUCCACGAUUGAAGAAUUCUACUUAUAAAAAUCAAUUAAUCAACAAAGAACAAGGCUUUCUAUAUCUUUGGAUUGGUCAUUGA